AUGCUUCCAAGGGAUAAAUUAUCUCUGGAACAAGACGUGCCGGAACUAACAGCCAGCUUUCAAAGAAGCGCAUGUGAAAUUCUACAGCCCGGUCCCACUGCACUACACGAUCAGACACCGGAGUGCCAUCCCGUACAUGCCACGGGUCCGGCUGUUCGGGUACAGGGCACUUCGUCAUUCCAUCCAGACUGGUUGCGACUUAUGUUUCGGUUGCCAAAGAAUGACAUUGGACAUUUCAAUACAUUACCCUUCCAGCGACUACACCCGUCCCACCUUGCUUUGCACACUAAUGAACACCUGGUGGGUCGACAGGACCCACGGCAGGAUAUUGACUGGCCUUGCAACGCGUUCCCCGAAUCUGAUACCCAUGUCCAAUUGCUGAACUCUAGAAGCUCGUCGAUUCGCCAGCUGUACAACCUCUUCACUGCAGCCCAGGAAUUAUUCUCGUCCAGAAUGGCCAACACGUUUGGUACCGCGCAAUCAUCAACAGUAAAUUUACAGAGACCUGUUUUGUUGUCGCAGCCCACAGGUACAGUGAGGUAUCAACGAACCUCGACUCCGGUGACAAAUGGAUCAGUGUUGCCGAAGAGCCCCAUACACUCAAGAGCUCUGGAAAGUCAAAAUGUGGUCGGGAGCAAUGCUGAAUUUGUCUCCUCGAGCGAGACAACUGCAGCAGUGUUCGAAGGAAGCGUCAGUCCAGGGGCUACCGGUGGGGCGCGCAAAUCGAACAAACCAAAGAAUUGUAUCCCUCUGUUGCAGACUCUCAAGAGGGAAGCUGGAAAAUACUAUUCUGAGGAUUGCACAAAGAUUACUAACGGGCACAAGAGAAAGUGGGGUCUAAACAUCAAACCGGCAAGUGAUCGUGUAGAGGAAAUGGCUGGAUGGAGCGCCGACAAAAGGCUUCCUGAGGGAGGUAUCUGUUAUCCUGUAUCACGGUUACUGGAAGAAUACCCAUCUACUACUACUCCUGUUCCGGAUCCGAUUGAUCUGCGUACCGGACGAUCUUUCUCAGCAGGUGUUGCAGAACAACCCAAUGCUUACCUGUCACCAAGAAGAGACAGGCUGUCGCAAAAACGUUUCGACCUUCUCACUAGGCCUUCCGGAUGGUUCCCAGACAAGUUCGUGAGACGAUGCGUUUUACCAACAACUUCGAUAUCUGUUAGCACUUCGCAUAUGAUGCAUCACGGGGCGAUUUCACCUGAGAAGCCCGCAGUGAUUGAAAAUACAAACACGUUACUCAGUACGGAUGUCGUCACUGGGGUCACUGAAGUUACCGACAGUCGUGGGCCGUCUCCCGAAGAGGACACAUCUGCCUUUCACACCUCGGCGAACACAAAACGAAGGAGGCGCCACAGAGACAAAUCAAGUAACCAACAUCCGAACCGCGACUCAGAUGACAAUGAGAACAGCCCCCGAAAGCUGCGGUCGUCUUCAUGGAUAUAUUCGAUCGCACGACUUAAGGGCUGCGAUAUCGAUGAAAACACAGUUGGCGAAAAAGCCUUCCCGGAAGUUCCAGAGAUAAGUUAUCCACAUCAUCCCCCAGCUUCGCUACACGACACAGAAGCAUGUGAAUCGGAGUGCAGGGUUAUGUCUCUCCCAGCUGACCGAUCAGCAACUGACGGCAAGUAUGUCCAGUCCAGUCUGCAUAGCGUAAUGAACAAGCGCAACAGAACAACUUUCUCGGACAAACAAGUAUGGUUCAGUAACAGGCGAGCGAGGUGGCGCAAACAGUUCCACAUCGUUCAAGAUAACGAAAGUCCCGGAUGUUCUUCUGGUUGUACUUCGGUACUCUGUCGCUCAGAUGACGUCUUGUCAGACCCACUCAGAAAGCAGUCAAAGAUGCCGACCGUGACAACAGCGUGUCAGUCUGUGCAGGAUGAACGGCUGCCUACAUAUGAUUCUCAGUGGUCACUGGUGGUUCCAAAUUUGCCUUCGUACGACUUGCUCAGUCGCAGCUGUACUGCACAAGUGCCUCCGUCUUUCUCUGGGUACCUUCUGGGCCGAUCCGAGGAGGUGGGGUUUCAAAGACCUGGCUGCGAUGAUCUUAGUCAUUCGGCAUUACGGAAAGAUGAAGCGUACUUCCUGGCACCUGGCAGCCGUUGCGCAUCCUACUCACGAGGGCAAAAAGCUAAUUUGGAGCCUUUUGGACUACAUCAUCCACUUCGAUUCGCCUCCAGCACGACUCCCAUCCCCGAUGAAUCCAGUCUGCCUCCUCAUUACCCGCCACAAGAAGGUACUAGCGCAAGCGAUAACUUGGAUUUGUCGUUUCUGCACUCCCAUAGCAAGUUCCCACUGCUCACCCGUCCGAUCAGUGGAGACCGUUUCCGAACACAGGCAGAAAGGUACGCUGUUACCUGGGCACUUGGUUACCGCGCAGGAAAUGCUUUCUAA